GCGGGCCGGGCCGGGGGACGGGAGGGGACGGGACCCGGCUGGGGCCCGAGUGCUCCACACCCUUCCGCGCGAGCCUUCGCCGCUGUUCGCCUGUCCUACAUCUCCGGUUUUGCGUCCGCGCAGUGCUUUGGACGAUCCUCACCUCCUACUCUUGGCAACCUGGCUAACUCCUAUUCAUUCUUCAAAACCCACCUCUGGUCGUAUCUUGUUUGUUGCCCUCAUCAGUCUGUGGCCUCCGGCGCAGGAGCUGUGUUUUGUGUUUGAUCUCUGUCCAUAAAACCUAAUAUAAAGCUUGGCACAGUGUAGGUAAUCAGGAAAUGUUGAAUGAGAAUAUCUUAUCCCUGUUGCUUUCUCUGUGCCCUCCUCCCACCAGGUUGCAUUUCACAAAUAUCUGUAGAUGCUGGGGAUCAAACAGUGAACAACACACAAAAAAGACCUGCCUGGGUGGAGCUGACAUGCAGUUCCUGGGCCGGGGAUCGAACCUGCACCACAGCAGUGACACCGCUGGAUCCUUAACCUGCUAGGCCCCCAGGGAACUCCUCUUGCGGGUUCUUCAGGCUCAGGGAGUUCGCCCUUGAAGGACAGCCGGAAACUGUCUUCAAUGGCUUCGCUGGUGGCUUAUGAAGACUCAGACUCCGAGGCCGAGGCUGAGGCUGAGCCCACGGGAAGUUUUAACCCCGCCGGCCAGAUGGAAGAUGCUUCUGCUGCGGCCCCGUCUCACAGGUGGGCUCUCGCCUCGGACUCCCUGGACGUGGCGGAUGCAGGCGCACAGCCUGCAAAAUGUGAAGACCCCGCGGGCCGGCGUCUCCCACUGGUUCGGCUCUGGAGAAAUGACCCAGGAUCUCGCCCCAGCCAGAGGUUACUUUGGCCCCGUCCGGAGCCUGAGGUCACCGCCCCCCCCAGCCAGCCUCCUCGUCCCUCCCUGUGGACCAGCCAAACUCCCGCUGGCCACGUGUCCCUGGCAGCUGCCCGCCUGCAGCAGGCGAAACCCCCCUGGGGCGCCUACAACUCCCCCGAGGCAUCUUUCCGUGCCCGGACCGAAUCUGAACGCCCCGGUAGCAACGGCAGCUCUCUUCAGAGGAAGCGGUGUGAGGACUCUGUUGUGCCCUAUACCCCCAAAAGACUGAGACACUUGCAGGCGCUAAGCGCGGAGGCAGGCAAGGGGGAAGACGCGGAGGCCCAGGGUCCCUCGGGGGGGCGGCCCCCUGCCCCUCUCUGCGUGGGCCCCCAAGUGUCUGAGUUUAUUCAGCCGUAUUUGGAUGGUCAGCAUAAAGAAACCACGAUUCCCAAGAAGGUGCUCUUCCACCUGAGAGGCCACCGGGGCCCCGUCAACAGCGUGCAGUGGUGUCCGGUCUUUGCCAAGAGCCACAUGCUUCUUUCAACGUCUAUGGACAAAACCUUCAAGGUGUGGAACGCCGUGGACUCCGGGAGCUGCUUGCAGACCUACUUCCUGCAUAGCGAGGCGGUGCGUGCCGCCCGGUGGUCCCCCUGCGGCCGGCGCAUCCUCAGCGGCGGCUUCGACUUUGCCCUGCACCUAACCGACCUUGAAACAGGAACCCAGCUAUUCAGCGGUCAGAGUGGCUUCAGAAUCACAACCUUGAAAUUUCACCCAAGAGACCACAGCCUCUUUGUAUGUGGAGGUUUCAGCUCUGAGAUGAAAGCUUGGGACCUAAGGACCAGCAAGGUGGUGAGGAGCUACAAGGCGACCGUCCAGCAGACCCUCGACGUGCUUUUCCUCCGGGAAGGCACUGAGUUUCUGAGCAGCACAGAUGCAUCGAGCCGAGACUCUGCCGACCGCACCAUUAUUGCCUGGGAUUUCCGGAGCGCUGCCAAAAUCUCCAACCAGAUUUUCCACGAGAGGUACACCUGUCCCAGCCUCACCCUGCACCCGCGGGAGCCUGUGUUCCUGGCACAGACCAACGGCAACUACCUGGCCCUCUUCUCCGCCGUGUGGCCCUACCGGAUGAGCAGAAGGCGGCGCUACGAAGGGCACAAGGUGGAAGGCUACUCGGUGGGCUGCGAGUGUUCCCCAGACGGUGACCUGCUGGUGACAGGCAGCGCCGAUGGCCGGAUCCUGAUGUACAGCUUCCGCACGGCCAGCCGAGCUCGCACGCUGCACGGGCACACGCAGGCCUGUGUUGGCACCACCUUCCACCCCGUGCUGCCCUCCAUGCUCGCCACCUGCUCCUGGGAGGGCGACAUUAAGAUCUGGCACUGAGCCCCCUGGCGUGGAACCUUCCAGAUGCUGUUCGUGGCGGGUGGAUGUGGGUGAUGAGGAAGCACCGAGGUUGGCUCGGCGUCAGACUCAGGUGGAAGCUGCCUCCCCGCUCCCGUGCACCUCAGUCUCCUCAUCUGUAAAAUGGGAACAAAGAUCUGUUCGUCUCAGGAUUGUGAGGCCUGUGCUGAUGAAAGCACCUGGCAGGCUGCUGCUGCUGCUCAAUAAAUGCGAAUGUUCUGCUGUG